AUGGAUCCCUACUCUAAUUACACUCUUGACUUUAUUUAGUUAGCAAAAAAUCUAAAUAAUACAUAAAAUUUCAAUAUUAUAACAAGUCCAUAAAAGAACAUUUAAGGUAAAGGCAAAAUUGGAAACUAGAAUCAAGCAUUUACAAUGAGAGGCAUUAGAAAUAAUGAGAGAGAAUAACCAAUCACAGAAUCUAGCUCAAAGUUGAGAAAGAUCAUUUCUCUUGGAAAGCAUAACUUCAAAAAUUUAGAGAAUUAGUAAGUUAUAGAAUUGGGCCAAAGAAAAAUUAAAUCUAGAAAUAUUACCCCUCUUGAAUACUUUAAUUAGGUUAAGAACCGAAAUCAUACAAUUGAAGCUAAUAAUGAUAAAAUCGAGAGCCAUACUUCUUCAGUCUUCAGCAAUUAUAUAGAAGUUGAAACUGCACAGUAAUUGCUAGAAGAAUAGUAGAGAUUAAAAGCAAGAUAUGAUAAUGCUAAAAAGUACAGAAAGGAAAAGUUUACCUUAGAUUUAGAUAUCGAUCCAAAUGUAGUCAUACUUAAUCCAAUCUUCACCAGUUUGAAAUAGAAAACUUAAGAAGAUCCAAAUAAAUGUAAUCAGUCAAGAAAUGCCUCUACUAACAUGUCAACAAUAAAUUCGAACAACAAUUACAGAGGUGAAGAUAAAUAUGCCCUUACCAAGAGAUUUGAGGGAAGCUAUUAUUCUAAGGCUUUCAGCCCAUCCUCCCAAUAUCUCAAGAAAAUUUAAGGAAAGUUGAGCAACAGAUAGCUAUCAACUACCCUCAAUAAUUAGCAUUCUAUAAUAAACUCAAAAGUUCGAUUAAAAUAUAACCGAGUAGGACUCUCCUAUAAAAUAGAGGAUGGCUUACCUUAGAAGCUAUAACAAAGAGAGGCUUUUACAAAGGAGAGAUAUGAGUCUUGA